GCAGCAAUAGGCAGACAGCGAGAAAGUAAGGUGUUGCUUAGGCAAGCAGGAUCCCUUUCUCUUCCAACCUGCAGCCCAGGACGCUGAUUCGAGCCGCGCCUUACCGCGCUGCCCGAAGAUACACCAUGGUCAAAAUCGCCUUCAACACCCCUACAGCAGUGCAAAAGGAGGAGGCGCGGCAAGACGUGGAGGCCCUCGUGAGCCGCACCGUCCGCGCUCAGAUCCUCACCGGCAAGGAGCUCCGAGUUGCCACUCAGGAAAAAGACAGCUCCUCAGGAAGAUGCAUGCUUACCCUCUUAGGCCUUUCAUUCAUCUUGGCAGGACUUAUUGUCGGUGGAGCCUGCAUUUACAAGUACUUCAUGCCCAAGAGCACCAUUUACCAUGGAGAGAUGUGUUUCUUUGAUUCUGAGGACCCUGUCAAUUCCCUUCGUGGAGGAGAGCCUUACUUCCUGCCUGUGACAGAGGAGGCUGAUAUUCGUGAGGAUGACAAUAUUGCUAUCAUUGAUGUCCCUGUUCCCAGUUUCUCUGAUAGUGACCCUGCAGCAAUCAUCCAUGACUUUGAAAAGGGAAUGACUGCUUACCUGGACCUGCUUCUGGGGAACUGCUAUCUGAUGCCCCUCAAUACCUCCAUUGUUAUGCCUCCAAAGAAUCUGAUGGAGCUCUUUGGCAAACUGGCGAGUGGCAAAUAUUUGCCUCACACUUAUGUGGUUCGUGAAGACCUGGUGGCUGUGGAGGAAAUCCGGGAUGUUAGUAACCUUGGCAUCUUUAUUUACCAACUUUGCAACAACAGAAAGUCCUUCCGCCUUCGUCGCAGAGACCUCUUGUUGGGUUUCAACAAACGUGCCAUUGAUAAGUGCUGGAAGAUUAGACACUUCCCUAAUGAAUUUAUUGUUGAGACCAAGAUCUGUCAAGAGUGAGAAACAACAGACAGAGUAUCCUUGGUAAUACAAAGUCAGAGAUUUACAAUACGAAUUUGACAUUCAAGUUAAUGGGAUACUCAAGAUAUUUACUCAUGCAUUUACUCUAUUGCUUAUACUGAAAAAAGAAAGAAAGUACUAACCACUGCAAGCAAUUGUCAAAUUUUAGUUUUGUUGGCAUUGCUUGCUGUUUGAAACUGAAAUGAAAUCAUUAUUAUCUUUCUUUUAAAUUUAUAGGGUUUAGAUUUCUGAGAACAGCAUGAAUGUGUCAGCUAACAUCUUGACAAUCAAUUCCAUCCUGUUUUUAUCUAAAGCAAGCUCUUCAUACAAUCAUUUAUUAGAGCAUGCUUUCAAUUUAACAUAUUUAAAAUUGUGUUUUGAUGUUUUGUGUAAAGCAUGUCAAAUCUAUGAACAUUGUUUUACUUUGUUUUCAUUUUGUUCAGCUUUCCUGACUUUAGAAAUUACAUCUUUGCAUUUCCGUUAGGUGCUCUUUAAUGAAUCUGAUUUAUAUGUGAACAGUUUUCAUGAGAAGGUCAUUUUCACUAAUGUAAUAAUUCUUUCUCAAUCAUACCCAUAUUGUGAAAUCCACAAAACUGUACAGGUGCUGAAUGCAGUAAGGAGUUUUGGUUGUAUGAAUUCUACAACCCUAUAAUAAAUUUUGACUG